UCCAGACAUGGGAGGAUCGCCUUGAUUUCGGAUCCUGAGCCUCUUAAACUCUGCUUUUCCUCUAAGCUGGUCCCUGUUAUGUCCAGGAUCUGGCACCUGCUUGACAUUUACUUUGAGUUCCAGAGGACCAGAGACCUAGGAUGAGGAGCAUUGGAUCCGCCCUGAACCUGCUUUUGGUAUCUCCACUCUACUUUGUGUGGACCGUGGUCGCUCUGGACCUGGCACAAACUCCCUGCACCACUUUGGUCCAAGGGAAAUUCUUUGGGUAUUUCUCCUCCUUCGCCGUCUUCCCGUUGAACUCGUCUCUGUGCUCCUGGAUCAUCCAGAACCCCGACCCCCGCAGGUACACCUUGUACAUGAAGAUCCUCAAACCCUCCGGCGCCUGCGACCACCAGCGCAUCCGCACCUACCAGUUCGACUCCUUCCUGGAGUCCACCCGCACCUACCUGGGCAUGGAGAGCUUUGACGAUGUGCUGAAGCUCUGUGACGGCUCCACACGCCUCGCCUUCCUCCAGUCCAACAAACAGUUCCUGCAGAUGAAGCAGACGGCGCCGCCGGGCGCCGACACCUGGCCCGUGCGGUGGAAGCCCAGCAAGGCUCAGGAGAGGGACUUCUCGGUGGAAUACCUGGUGGUGGGCAACAGGAACCCCAGCAAAGCCGCCUGCCAGAUGCUCUGCAAGUGGCUGGAUGCCUGCCUGGCCAUCAGCAGCAGCUCCCACCCGUGCGGCAUCAUGCAGACCCCCUGCUCCUGCUCGGGAGGGGAGCUCCUGGAUCAGGCCAGCGAGGUCCUGGGCUUCACCAGGAAGAAGGAGGAUUGCUACAAGGAUGGGAUUUACCUGGAGAACUGCGUGAGCAGCCCCAAGGACAGCAAUGGAGCCGAAGGAUGCACAGGUGGUUGGAACUCGUGGUCGGCCUGGGGCGACUGCACCAAGGACUGCGGGGGCGGCCUGCAGACCCGCGUGCGCUCCUGCACGCCGCUUCCCAGCGAGGGCCUGGCCUGCGAGGGAGUCCUGGAGGAGGGACGCCUGUGCAAUAGGAAGGCUUGCAAUACCAAUGGACGCUAUAAUUCCAGAAGCCAAUCGCUGAGGUCCACAGAUAACAGAAAGCGAGAGGACCCUGACGAGCUGCAGCACUACGGGUACCCUGCACCUCAAAUAGGUGACCCUGCAGCAGAGGAGUGGUCCCCGUGGAGCGUGUGCUCGACCACCUGUGGGGAGGGCUGGCAGACCAGGACCAGGUUCUGCGUUUCGUCUUCCUACAGCACGCAGUGCAGCGGCCCUCUCCGGGAGCAGAGGCAGUGCAACAACUCUGCCGUGUGCCCAGUGCACGGCACCUGGGACGAGUGGUCUCCGUGGAGCCUGUGCUCUUCCACCUGCGGGAGAGGCUACAGGGACCGGACCCGCACCUGCAAGCCGCCCCAGUUCGGGGGCAACCCCUGCGAGGGCCCGGAGAAGCAAACCAAGUUCUGCAACAUCGCUCUCUGCCCAGGUAGGGACAUGGACGGGAACUGGAACGAGUGGUCGAGCUGGAGCUCGUGCUCGGCGUCGUGCUCCAACGGGACGCAGCAGCGCACGCGGGAGUGCAACGGGCCCUCCUACGGCGGCGCCGAGUGCCAGGGCCACUGGGUGGAGACCCGGGACUGCUUCCUGCGACAGUGCCCAGUGGAUGGGAAGUGGCAGGCCUGGGGAGUGUGGGGCAGCUGCACAGCCACGUGUGGAGGCGGCACUCAGAGGCGCGACCGGGUGUGCUACGGCCCCUUCUUCGGUGGGGAGACUUGCCAGGGUCCCAAGGAGGAGUACAAGCAGUGCAAUGACAGAAAGUGUCCUGAGCCCCACGAAAUCUGUGACGAGGAGAGUCUUGGCCCUGUGGUCUGGAAAGAGACUCCAGCCGGGGAUGCUGCAGCCGUCCGGUGUCCCCGCAAUGCCACGGGGCUGAUCCUUCGAAGAUGCAUCUUAGAUGAAGAAGGCAUUGCUUACUGGGAGCCUCCAACGUACAUCAAGUGUGUUUCUAUUGAUUACAGGAACAUACAGAUGAUGACCAGGGAACACCUUGCCAAAGCUCAGCGUGGGUUGAUGGGAGAUGGGCUGUCAGAUGUGCUCCAGAACCUUGUGGAAAUCUCCCAGGAUGGGACCAGCUACAGUGGGGACCUGCUGUCCACCAUGGACGUACUCAGGAACAUGACAGAGAUCUUCCGUAGGGCUUACCACAGCCCGACUUCUGGGGAUGUGCAGAACUUCGUCCAGAUCAUCAGCAACAUUUUGUCAGAGGAAAACCGGGAGAAAUGGGAGGAAGCUCAGCUGAUAGGGCCAAAUGCCAAGGAGCUGUUCAGGCUGGUGGAGGAUUUCAUUGAUGUCAUCGGCUUCCGCAUGAAGGAUUUCCGGGAUUCCUACCAAGUCACAGACAACCUGGUCCUUGGCAUUCACAAGCUGCCUGCAAAUGCAGCAACUGACAUCACCUUCCCCAUGAAAGGCUGGAGGGGAAUGGUAGACUGGGCCAAGAACUCGGAGGACAAGGUCACUGUGUCCAAGAGCAUCCUGUCUUCAGGGCUCUCAGUGUUGGACGACUCCUCUGUCUUCGUGGUUGGGACUGUGCUGUACAGGAACGUGGGCAACAUCCUCUCCCUGCAGAGGAACAGCACCGUUCUGAACUCCAAAGUCAUCUCUGUGACUGUGAAGCCAUUGCCUCGGUCCCUCCUCACCCCUCUGGAAAUCGAAUUCUCCCACCUGUACAACGGAACCACCAACCAGACCUGCAUCCUGUGGGAUGAAAAUGAUGGAGCCUCCGCCUCCGCCUCUCCGCCCGGCGCCUGGUCCUGGCGCGGCUGCCGCACGGUCCCGCUCGACGCCUCCCGGACCAAGUGCCUGUGUGACCGGCUCUCCGCCUUCGCCAUCUUAGCCCAGCUCAGCCCCGACAUGAACAUGGAAAAGGUGCUGGUCCCUUCUGUCACGUUAAUUGUAGGCUGUGGAGUAUCCUCGCUGACACUUUUGCUGUUGAUUAUCAUUUAUGUCUCUGUUUGGAGGUACAUCCGCUCGGAGCGCUCCGUCAUCCUCAUCAACUUCUGCCUCUCCAUCAUCUCCUCCAACGCUCUCAUCCUGAUCGGGCAGACCCAGACCCGCAAUAAGGUGAUCUGCACGCUGGUGGCGGCUUUCUUGCACUUCUUCUUCCUCUCCUCUUUCUGCUGGGUGCUGACCGAGGCCUGGCAGUCCUACAUGGCCGUGACAGGCCGCUUACGGAACCGCAUCAUCCGCAAGCGCUUCUUGUGCCUCGGAUGGGGGCUGCCUGCCUUGGUGGUUGCCAUUUCUGUGGGAUUUACUAAAGCCAAGGGAUAUGGCACCGUGAACUACUGCUGGCUGUCAUUAGAGGGAGGACUCCUCUAUGCCUUCGUGGGACCAGCGGCUGCUGUCGUUUUGGUGAACAUGGUUAUUGGCAUUCUGGUUUUUAACAAACUUGUAUCCAAAGAUGGAAUAACAGAUAAGAAACUGAAGGAACGGGCAGGGGCAUCCCUGUGGAGCUCCUGUGUGGUCCUGCCCCUGCUGGCUCUCACCUGGAUGUCGGCAGUCCUGGCCAUCACCGACCGGCGCUCCGCGCUCUUCCAGAUCCUCUUCGCCGUCUUCGACUCCUUGGAGGGAUUUGUCAUCGUCAUGGUCCACUGCAUCCUCAGGAGGGAGGUCCAGGAUGCUGUGAAGUGCCGGGUUGUGGAUCGACAGGAGGAAGGGAAUGGAGACUCAGGGGGGUCAUUUCAGAAUGGCCACGCUCAGCUGAUGACCGAUUUCGAGAAGGACGUGGACAUGGCUUGUAGAUCAGUGCUGAACAAAGACAUCACCACGUGCAGAACCUCGACCAUCACGGGGACCCUGAAGCGCCCGUCGCUGCCCGACGAAGAGAAGCUGAAACUCAACCACCAGAAAGGCUCAUCCAACUUCAACAGUCUUCCAGCCAACGUCUCCAAGAUGCACCUUCAGGGCUCCCCACACUACCUGGGGGCCAUCAACCUGAACGAGUUCAGCAACCACUCCCUCACCCUGAAGAAGGACAAGAGCCAGCCGCCGAAAUCCAUCUACAUCUGCGACGGGGACAUCUUCAAGAAGUUGGACUCGGAGCUGUCGCGGGCGCAGGAGCAGACCCUGGACACCAGCUACGUGAUCCUGCCCACCAACACGUCCACCCUGAGGGCCAAACCCAAAGAUGAGAGCAAGUACAGCAUCAACAUCGACCAGAUGCCUCAGACGCGGCUCAUCCACCUGAGCAUGGCCGCCGAGCCCGGCUUCGUGGUCAAGAGCCCGCCGCGGGAGCCGGUGGCCGUGGCGUGCGGCGAGGUGCAGGGCUCCUCCAUCGUCCAGCAGCAGCAGCAGCUGGCUCCACAGGGCGUCUCCAGCGAGGCACAGCACCCCAACAGCCUGUGUGACGCGGCUGACUCAGGGAACUCGGGCGUGGUGUCCAAGAGCGAGACCGUCUCCACGCUCUCCAUGAGCUCCUUGGAGAGGCGGAAAUCCCGGUAUGCAGAGUUAGAUUUUGAGAAAAUCAUGCACACAAGGAAACGUCACCAAGACAUGUUCCAGGACCUGAACAGAAAACUCCAGCACGCAGAGAAGGAGAAGGAGUCUCCAACAACAGACAGCAAGCAAGAAAAACAGCAGACACCAAACAAGAGACCCUGGGAAGGUAUCAGGAAAGUCCAGUCCCCGCCAGCAUGGGUUAAAAAGGACAUCGAACCUGUGGCACAGUCUCCCCUAGAACUAAAAACUGUAGAGUGGGAGAAAACAGGGGCCACCAUCCCCUUGGUGGGACAAGACAUUAUUGACCUUCAGACAGAGGUCUGAGCAGAAAGGGAAGAAAAAGGACUUCUGGUUUUUUUUUUCCGGAAAACAAACAAAACAAACAAAACAAAACCACGUUUUAAAGAAAUGAUUAAAUUAAAUCGGAACCGAGCAAGAGAAGUGUUUGGUUUCUUUUGAAACCUUUGGUAAGAUGGAGUAACUUUUGUAUUGUUCUCAGCAGAGAGAGGGAAUAUUACUUUAUAGAGUAUAGUAGCUGUAGGUUCAGGACAACACGAGCUUUCCCAGGCAGGACUGGAGGAGUGAGCCUGGAAGAGAGCGAGGAGGAGGAGGGUGGGAAGGGGCUCCAGGGCACAAGAUCCUUGGACAUCCUGCCAAGAUGCUCUUGGGCUGCUGCCACACACCAGGAGCCCUCCUGCCCUGCCACAGGGAGGUGUGGAAGGACACCCAGCAGCCGCCACAGAGGGAGCAGAAGAUGGAGGUUGUUUGGGGACACCUGCAGGAGCCUCUCUGGGAUGUGGCCUGGCUGGGGCAGACCCUCGCUCCCCCACCUCUCCCUCACCAGCUGAUCCAAGGAGGAAGGAGAUGGGACACGCCAAGAAGUGGCCACGAGGACAUUGCCACUGCUGGGUGCCACGCCACCAGCUGGCACUGGCACAGGGUCACGGAGAAUCCCCAGGAGGGGACGUGGUGGCAUCAGCCACAUCUCGGGUGGAGAGGACAGGAGAGGUGAGGUGAGGCUUCCUCCUCUCAUCCCUCCCUGGUGGAGGAAAGGACCAGCUCCAAAUCUCCAAACCCUGCUCGCCCCAUCUCCAGGGAGAGGGUGGAAGGUGGUGGACAACAAGACCAACAAGAAGAAUGUAGGUCAUGUCAUUGACUGUUAAAUAGAUAAACUCAGCACGGGCCUUGCAAAGGUCCUCUUGGCCUCAUCCUUUUUUUUUUUUUUUUUUUUUCUUUUUUUCUUUUUUUUUCCUGUUCUGUUAUUUGUCCUUGCUUUCGGACUCGAAUUUAUUCCAAGCUGCCCCUCCCUGGAAGGCAGAGAGAGAAAAAGGGAAAGGAUCUGCCACUGUACCUGGAGAUAUUGGUAAACAGAGACGUUGCCUUAGGACAUUGAGACAAACUGACAACAAGAAUAACGUCCACUUGGAAACAGACAAAAAAAAAAAAAAAAAAAAAACAAACAAAAUAAUCUAUUUUUUUCCUUCUUCUUUUCUUUUCUUCAAUAAAAAGACAACUUGAAACCCGAGACCUUUCUUUUCUUUGGCUCUUGUCAUUUCAAAUGCUUUUCUGUGCCGUAGGACUGU